AUGGCAGAUGGCUGCCCCGCUUUCACAGAAGAGGGCACAGAAGAGGUGAAGAAAACGCUUGAGGCAGACAUCUGGGACAAUGGACAGGACCUGUUAACAGACAUUGCUCGGCGAGAAAACUUGAAGCUUGGACCCAACCGGCAAAUGCAGGAGCUAAUGGUUCGGAGAAACGAACUGGUUCUGGAAGCCAACCAAGCCAUGUCGACUGGAACUCGGCACGAGGUGGAGAAUCGCAUUCAGAACAUCAAUGCGUACUACACGCACUUGAUCACAGAGGCUGCACGGACGUAUCCUGACGAAGGUCUUGACAAAGACACGUUUGACUCGUUGCAAAGAAAAGAAGAAGAGAGCACGGGGUUGUCACGAGUUCUGGCGAUUUUGCUCUCUGUCACUGGAGUGGUUGUCGUUGUGCUAAUGCUGGUGAUCCUAGUCCUGGUACGAAGGCGGAGGCAAAAAGAGGAGUCGACGCCGGUCACAGCGUUUGCAGAGAAUCAGCAGGUCGUCAUCGGCAGCCCGGUCCCAGCGGACCAAACUGGAGGUAAAGAUCAGGGCGUGGUCAGCGGUGCAGCCGUCACAGUGGCGGCUCCGACGAGGGAAAAAGUCUGA